UCCUAUAGACAGAAAGAGAGAGAAACAGGAUAGGACAGAGCAGGGAAAACACAGAGAUUUUCCAAACCAGCCAGAUCAUACCUUCUCUCUCACUAUUAUUGAUUUAUUUCCUCUUUUUCUACCCUGCCUCCCCAUAACCCCCCGCCCCCUUAAAACCACGCACGCUUUCACUCACUCUCUCUGGCCUUAUAAUUACUAGCUAAAGUGAUCUCAUACAUUAGACAGCAAAGUAACAAAACUUCUCUAUAUCUUGUAGAAACACAGUCUGGCAUUGUUUCUUGGCUUUGUUUAGACGUUUUGCAGUGUGGGUUUUGAUGGGUUUUUGAAGAAGUUUGGAACUUCAGCAAUUUCUUUGGCUUUCUUUAACCUUUUCUCGAGCUUGACUUUCUUUUGUCAAUUUAUUGAAGUGGGUUUUUUUUCUCUUUCUUUUCAAUGGAGAGCUACCACCACUUUGGCGAUGGUGAUACCCAUUUGCCUCCUGGCUUUAGGUUUCACCCAACUGAUGAGGAGCUUAUCACCUACUAUCUCCUCAAGAAGGUUCUUGACAGAAACUUCACUGGUAGGGCCAUUGCUGAAGUUGACCUUAACAAAUGUGAGCCAUGGGAACUUCCAGGGAAAGCUAAGAUGGUAGAGAAAGAGUGGUACUUCUUUAGUUUGAGAGAUAGAAAGUACCCGACUGGGCUGAGAACUAAUAGAGCCACUGAAGCUGGUUAUUGGAAGGCUACAGGGAAAGACAGGGAGAUUCAUAGCUCAAAGACUGGUGCACUUGUAGGAAUGAAGAAGACUCUGGUGUUCUACAGAGGGAGAGCCCCUGAAGGAGGUAAAAGUAACUGGGUUAUGCAUGAGUAUCGCCUUGAAGGAAAAUUUGCUUACCAUUACCUCUCCGGGUGCUCUAAGGACGAGUGGGUAAUCUCCCGAGUCUUUCAGAAGAGCUGCGGUGGAGCUGCUGCGAGCAGUGGAAACAUCACCAAGAAAAACCGCUUCGACACCACUAUCAAUCUCUACACAGAAGCCAACUCCCCAUCUUCAGUCUCUCUCCCUCCCCUCCUUGAUGCUACCACUACCAUUACCACCACAACUCUCAAUGACCGUGACAGCUGCUCUUACGACAACCACACUCAGCACGAGCACGUGUCCUGUUUCUCCACCAUUGCAGCUGCUGCUUAUGCCGCUGCUAAUAACAACAUUAACUUUGAUAUUGCUCAACUGCCUCCACCUCCAAUGACUGAUCCAUUCUCAACAUUCCCAGGAAACACUGGUGUCAAUUGCUUCCCAAGUUUGAGGUCCAUUCAGGAAAAUCUUCAGCUGCCCUUCCUUUUUGCCUCCCCAGCCUCUGCUGUGGCUGUACCGCCGUUUCAUGGCGGUGGUGCCGCCACCACCAUGAAUUGGAUGGUAAACCCCUGAGGAGGGGCCGGGAGGGUUGGUGGUGCUGGUUGCAUGUGGACUUCUCGAGUUUCCAAAGCCAGAGAUGAACACUAGUUAUGUGUUGACUACUAAAAUUGUCUGCAUAUUUUUUCUUUAAUGAUUUCUGUAUUAUUUGUACUAAUUAAGUGGACUGAUAAUAGCCAGGGCAGGAUUGGGUAAUCGAUCUUGUUGUUAGAUGUCAGUAUCAGUAGCAAUUACUGGUUUAUGUGUGAUGAUUAUCUCUUAAUUUGGAAAGUGACUUAAUGUCCCAUCAUCGUUAAUGUUAUGUUCUCCUUUUUCUA